CAUUUCUGCUAAACCCCCGGGAGCUCUAACAAUGGCGGUACCCGCGACCCAACUACAGAUCCACAGGCUCCCUCAGUCCAAGUACGUCGAUGCGGUUCGAUGGCUCCCACCGAUCUCUGCAUUUGACAGGUUUGCGGUUUUUUCCUUCUUCGAUUUUGAUUCAGAAACCUCCUCCCUCGAAAUCCUCUCUCUCGAUGCCGAUCCAUCUCCAGCGUUCACUUCCCUUUCGUCGUGGAUCCCGCCGUCGCGUGUUUCCUCACUUAAAACCAUCAGACCAUCUUCCUCCUUCAAGCCCCUCAUUGCCGCCUCCACAUUCGCGGGCUCUGUCCAUGUCUUGACGGCGAAUUUGGUUGAUGGGGCAACCGUGGAGGCGGAGGCUUCGGUGGUGCAGGGGCUAGGGUUCCACGCAGGGGCUAUAGCGGCGGUGGAUUGGAGGGAGGAUGGGAUUGAAUGCGUGACUGUUGGCGAAGAUGGGAGAGUGAAUCUGGUUAAUGUUGGUGGGGGUGGGCGUGAUGGUUUGGCAUACAGAAGGGUGUUUGAUGGGAAUGGGUUGGUGGGGUAUACGGCGGUGAAAUGGGCAUCGCCGAGUGAGUUUGUGACGGGUGGGUAUGGGUUUGGUCUGCAAUGGUGGGAUCAGAGGAAGCCUGGUGCGGCGGUUACUACCUUCAAAGGGAACUGGUCUAAGGGAAAAAUUUCUGGAAUAGUACACUCCGUCGAUAUUCAUCCGUCACGAAAGCACACUUGUCUAGCAGGAGGUUCUUCAGGUACUGUAUUCGUCUGGGAUCUUCGGUGGCAACAACACCCAAUUCUUCUAUCUGGAGCUGGGAACGAGGGGGAUUCAAUCCAUCCUUUGUCUGAAAGUGAGGUUUGGGAGGUUCAAUAUGAUCUCUACACAAAGUCCAGUAUCUCAUCUUCCAAGGUUUUACCUGCUAUGAUUUGCUCCGAAGAUGGGAUCCUUGCUGUUGUUGAACAAGGUGAACAACCAGCGGAGCUCUUGGCAGAACCAUGUGCUAUCAACAGCUUUGACAUAGACCGGCAUAACCCCUCGGAUGUGAUAUGUAGUUUGGAGUGGGAAUCUGUAGCCAUCUUGAGACGACAAUGAUGUUUCUCUAAGAAACCGGUUGUUAACUCGUAACACCUGAAGAAAAACUUACUCGAGAAUUGUAGAAUUAAUUGGGUGGUUUAAGUGCCAGAGGAUAUGGUUAUGGAGGAAGAUUUGAUGAAAUUAUUAUACUAUUUUCUUCCUCCAUCAUCUGGGUAUUGUGAGACUAACUUGUUUAACUUGGAACAUCUGUAAAAAUCUGAAACAGGUAAUUUAAGAUCACCAGUUUGGUGGAAGAUUGCUCUUUUUGGUCAAUGAAUCUGUAUGUAGUUUACCUCCA